AUGACUGUCACAGCGUUCACGGAGACCUUGCAGUACAAGACGUACGAACUGCGCUACGAGAAGAAGCGGUCGGACAAGCUGCUGUACCAGAUGCUCCCUCCGACGGUCGCCCAGCAGCUGAAGCAGAGGAAGCAGGUGUCGGCCGAGACCUACGAGUCGGUGACCAUUUACUUCAGCGACAUCGUGGGCUUCACGGAGCUGGUCUUCGGAGAGCACGCCCAAUGCAGAAGAAUCUUCAGUUCAGGAUUGGUGAUCUCGCUGCUGAACGCUCUCUACAAGAUGUUUGACUCGAGGAUUGAGCUCUACGAAGUCUACAAGAUCGAGACGAUUGGCGACGCCUACAUGGUGGCCUCGGGGCUGCCCCAGCGAGGAGAAGCCCAGAAGACCCGCAACCACGCUGAUAUAAUGCUUGGAUCAUCUGCCAUUGGUUUAGGAUAUAGUGUGCAAGAGGGUCGCUUUUAA